AUGUCAAUCAUCGGCAACCUACCUCCCAUAUCCCUCAUGAUCUUCACAGCCCUUGUUAUGUUGACCUACCUCCUCUUAAACUUCCUCUGCUCCGUCUGUGAUCCCCUCGAACCUCCCAUGGCCGCAACACGCAUUCCAUACAUCGGUCACAUCCUUGGAUUCGCACGACAAAAAUUCAACUAUUAUGUUGAUCUCAGCCAGACAACAGGCCUCCCAAUUCUUACCAUACGUGUUCCAGGCGCCAAAAUGUACAUUGUGAAUACAACCGAAUUAAUCCAGGCUGUCCAAAAACUACCCAAAAAACUUGCAUUUCCGCCUAUUUCGGCAAAAUUCGCAAAUCGACUUUGUGGAGUGAGUAGGAAAGCGAGGGAUGUAUUGGCGGUGAAUGUUAAUGGAGAUGGAGGGGAUUGGGGAUUGAAUAUGGAGGCGACACAUGUGAUGAAGAGGGCGACGGCGCCGGGACCAGGCUUGGAUGGUAUGAAUAGGGUUAUGAUUGGGAUUGUUGCGGAGAGUUUGGAUGGGUUGAUUGGGGAGGGAAGGGAGAAUGUGGAGAUUGGACUUCACAUGUGGUUGAGGGGUUUGAUUACGAUGGCGACGACGGAAUCGGUUUAUGGACCGAGAAAUCCUUAUAGGGAUGUGAAGGUUCAGAAGAGCUUUUGGUAUUUCUCUUUGGUGGCUUGUGUGCAGGUUUUGAAGACUAAUCAUUGCGUUAGGGAGGUGGAGAGUCAGAUGAUGAGAUUGUUAAUCGGAAUACUACCUUCUGUUUUCGCUCGCAAAGGUAUCGCAGCACGAAGAAGAGUCACAAAAGCUUUCGAAUCUUAUUACGCAGGAAGUGAUUUCAAAGAUGCUUCUCUGCUUGCGCAAGCUCGUUUAGAGGUCAAUAUGAAGCAUGGCAUUCCAAUGAAAGAUGUCGCUAGAUAUGAAACAGUCAUCGGAGUUGCUAUUAUUGUCAAUACCGCACCUGCUCUAUUUUGGUUAAUAUUCUUCAUCUAUUCGAACCCUGAACUCCUGGAAGAAAUUCGGGGUGAGAUUGAGGCAAUUGUGGAAACAAGCUUCAAUGAAGACGGAAGUUCGACACGAAGUCUCGAUAUCACGAAUGUGAAGAAAAAAUGUCAUCUUCUCUUAUCGACUUUUCAAGAAACUCUUCGUCAUCGAUCUGCCGGGACUUCUGUCCGCAUAGUCAUGGAGGAUACGUUGCUAGACGACAAGUGGCUAUUAAAGAAAAACUCCAUCAUCCAAAUGCCCGGUCGAGUAAUCCAUAUGGAUUCCAAAAUCUGGGGACCAGACGUUGCAGAUUUCAAUCCUCGACGAUUUCUCAAAGGCAAAAAUAUCAAGCGUCCUAACCCAGCCGCACUUCGUACAUUUGGUGGUGGGACUACUUUAUGUCCCGGUCGUCACUUCGCUACGAAUGAAAUAUUGGCUAUCGUUUCGAUGUUUGUCAUGCGGUUUGAUAUGAGACCAGUGGAAGAGCACUGGAGAUUGCCAAAAUCUGAUAAUACGAAUGUGACUACUGUGAUAUUAGAACCGGAUACGGAUAUUGAUGUGAUCGUAUCUCAAAGGGAAGAGGUUGGAGAUGGAAAGUGGAAGUUUAAGUUGUCGGACUCUAAGAUCAUAGCUUCGGUGGUUGUUGAGGAUCGCGUUGAUUCGUAA